GUUGGUUUAAUAAAGUCGGUGAAGUUUUACUGAAACACUGCAGGCAGACAAAUAGGAAGCACGAGACAAGUUUGUUGAAUUGAUGACUUUUUUCUGCAGACAGCGUUUUUUAUAUGAUCAAUGUCAUCACGAGAGAAACCAGUGGUGCUGCUGGCAUGUGGGUCCUUCAACCCCAUCACAAACAUGCACCUGCGUAUGUUCGAACUGGCUCGGGAUCACCUUGAAGACACUGGAAGAUACAGAGUGGUGAAAGGCAUAAUCUCUCCAGUUGGAGAUAGCUACAAAAAGAAAGGUCUGAUUGAAGCCCGUCAUCGGUUAGAGAUGGCUAGACUAGCCACGCAGAACUCUGAUUGGAUCACAGUGGAUGACUGGGAGAGCCAGCAGCCGGAGUGGGUGGAGACAGCCAAAGUAGUUCGGCACCAUGCAGAACUUAUUUCCAGCGAGAACAACAAUGAUGAUGUGGAUACAGUGAGGUGUGGGAAGAGGAGAAAGCUGGAGCAAAAUACAAUCAUCUGUCAGAGCUCUUCUUAUAUUAACACAAAAGAAGACACCCCUCACCUGAACCUCCUGUGUGGUGCUGAUGUGCUGGAGUCAUUUGGUGUCCCCAACCUUUGGAAGCCAGAGGACAUUGAGGAGAUAGUGGGCCGCUACGGUGUGGCGUGCAUCACCAGAUGUGGCAGUGACCCUGAGAAGUUUAUCAAUCAGUCUGAUGUGCUAUACAAACACCGUAAGAACAUCUGUAUGGUUCGGGAAUGGGUGACCAAUGAGAUCUCAGCCACCCAUGUGCGCCGUGCCCUACGGAGAGGACAGAGUGUCCGCUACCUGCUGCCUGACCCUGUGGUGCGCUACAUUCAGGAACACAGUCUGUAUAGCGCUGAGAGCGAGCAGAUGAAUGCUGAUGCUAUCCUUGCCCCUUUUCAGAGAUACACCAGCACUAACUAGACUGAUGUUCUGCUGCUUUUGAGCUAGUUUCUUGUACUGUUUGUGGUCUUUGGUGGAGGGCUGGUCUGUUACCCACAGAACUUGAUUCAUAGUUCAUUUUGCUUCCUUGAACUCAUUUGGUUGCGAGUGAUUGCUUUGCAUUGUAUCAUGAAUAAUAUAGGAUACAUUUUGUAAAAUAUUAUUUGAUUUGAUUUUAAUAAAGGUUGAUACAUUCAUAUAAUUACUUUUAUUGUAGUUCACUGCCAAACAUAGAAAAUCACUUUUAG